AUGGAGCACGGUGCCCCACUUACAUCAUGGCUGGACGUUGAUCCAGCCAGCGACUUUUCCCUCGCGAACCUCCCAUUCGGCAUCAUCAGCACCCCGGCAUCGCCGGCGCCUCAUGUCGGAGUGGCCGUGGGAAACUACGUGGUGGACAUGAAGGAGCUUUCCUGCCAUCCCGAGUUUCACCACGUCUUCGACUUUGUCCAAGAGCAUAGCGAAGUGUUUUCGAAACCGACCCUUAACGCAUUCUACCUACGAUUCCUUUUGCGAAAGGAUGAUUCUUGGAUUGCGAGGGUCAUCGUGCCCGCCAAGUCUGUGAGGCUGCACCUGCCCAUGGACAUUGGCGACUACACAGACUUCUACGCGGGCUACCAUCACGCCUUUCACGUAGGCUGCAUGUUCCGGGGUCCCAAGGCGGCGCUGCAGCCCAACUACACUCAUCUCCCCGUCGGCUACCACGGUCGGGCCUCGAGCGUGGUCGUCUCCGGGACUCCAAUCAAGCGGCCGCGGGGCCAGAUCCUGACGCAGCCUCCUGCCGAGGGCCAGCCGAGCCAGCCUAUUACGUCUCCUUGCCGAAGGCUGGAUUUCGAGCUCGAGUUUGGUUGCUUGAUUGCGAAGCCGAAUGAGAUGGGGAGCGAAAUCUCUGUCCACGACGCCGAGGACUACAUUUUCGGCUACGUGCUGCUGAACGAUUGGAGCGCAAGGGACAUUCAGACCUGGGAGUACGUUCCCCUUGGUCCGUUUAAUAGCAAGAACUUUGGAACGACCAUUAGUCCGUGGGUCGUGCUGGCCGAUGCUCUGGAGCCGUUCCGGACACGAGCCCUGGAGAAUAAGACGGAGGUGCAGGAUUAUCUGAAAGGGGCGGAGAAGCCCGUCUUUGACAUUAAUCUCGAGGUCGAGCUCAAGAGCGACCUCCUCGGAUCCGGUACCAUCAGCGGACCCGAGGAGCACCAGCGAGGCAGCCUCCUUGAGAUGUCGGAGGGAGGGAAGAAGGACGUGGUUGUGGGAUCUAAUGGUGCUGUUCGUCGAUUCUUGGAGGACGGUGAUACCGUGGUAAUGAAGGGCUUUGCGGGUGGUAGUAAUGGACGGGUCGGCUUUGGGGAGUGCACUGGGAAGGUUGCGGGCGCCACGGUUGCGCCCUCGGCGGCGUAG